UUUUCAUCAUACUACAUGACCCACUUCAAGUUUUGUUCCAUAUUUUUGUAAAUAUCCUUCCCAAUUCAUUUAAGAUAGUGAGAGAAGUGUGAAAUAUUAAUCUCACAAUCGCAAUUAAACAUGGAUAUGGCUGAAUAUUUCUUGAAUUUAGAAGGCAAUGGCAUUAAUCUUUUGAUAAUUACCCUAUUGAUCGCCAUCCCUCUCGUCUUCUUACUCAAAAAAUCUGAAGCUCCUCCACCACUCCCACCAGGCCCAAAUCCAUGGCCAAUCAUAGGCAACAUCAAUCAUCUCCUCACCCACAAACCUCUUCACAUCUCCUUAGCAAAUCUCGCCCAAACCCACGGCCCUAUCAUGCACAUCAAGCUCGGAACACAGCACCUCAUCGUCGGAUCCUCCCCGGCCGCCGCCGCCGAAAUCCUCAAGGCCAACGACCGCCACCUCUCGGGGCGGUUCGUCCCCCACGCCGUGCCCAGAACGCCGGCCCAGAUCGACACCGUGUCGUUCUGGGCCGACUCCACCAGCCACCACUGGAAGAGCCUCCGCGCACUCUGCCGCGCGGAGAUCUUCGCGGCUGCGGCGCUGGAUCGGAGUGGCCGCGCGAGGGAGGAGAAGGCGGCGGAGCUGGUGGCGGAGAUGAGGCUGAAGCGAGGUGUGGUGAAUGUGGGGGAGAUGGUUUGGGCGACGGUGGUUAAUAUGUUUAGCAAUGUUUAUUUUUCGAGAGAUUUGGUGGUUGGGUUUGGGGAGAAUCCGAUGGCUGAUGUUUUGAAAGGGAUCGGUGAAGCGUUCGAUGCUAAGGAUUUGUCGGAUUUGUACCCGUUUUUGAGGGUGUUAGAUCCUCGGGGUUUGCGAAGGAAAUAUAUGGAAUGUUCGAAGAGGAUGUGGGGAAUAUGGGAGCCUAUUGUUAGGGAGAGGAGAGUCUCGGAAUUGAAGCACCGUGAUUUUUUGGACACACUUAUUUCCAGAGGUUUUGGUGAUGAUCAAAUUAAUCACUUGUUAGAGGAUCUGUUCUCAGGCGGUAUACACACAACAAGUUUAACCAUCAUCGAAACAAUAACGGAGCUUCUCACAUCACCACAUUCCAUAGCUACACUCAGACAAGAACUGGACGCUGCAUUCGGCGGUCAAGAUUCACUCACUACAAUAGCCUCCAAAAUCGACAAUCUACCAUACCUCCAAGCCUGUAUUAAGGAGACGUUGAGGUUGCAUCCUCCGGCCCCGUUGAUGCUCACCCACCGCGCCUACACGGCCUGUCUCGUCAUGAACUAUACCGUCCCACGCGGCGCCCAGGUUCUCAUCAAUGUGUGGGCGAUUGGGCGCGAUCCGACACUAUGGGACGACCCUCUGCACUACCAACCAGAGAGGUUUCUUGGCUCGCCCAUCGACUUUAAAGGGAACAAUUUCGAGUUUCUUCCGUUCGGAUCGGGGAGGAGAAUUUGCCCCGGAAUUAGCAUGGCUACCAAGAUUGUUGCACUAGAGGUGGCGACGUUGGUUUAUUUUUUUGAUUGGUCAGCUCCGGUGACUAAUGGACCGUUACUUAUCACUCCUAGAGUAAGAAAGUGAAGUUUUUACCAAUCACAAUAUGAUGAUAAAAUUGUGUAUGCAUGUAUAAUGACCAUAGUUGUCGCAACUCACUCAAUAUCAUAAUAUGUUUUACUAGUAAAUUUUAUAGUAUUAUUAAUAAAGAGGACAUGUUGCUAGUUCGUUUAU